AUGGGGGCCCCCUCGGGGCCCCCAGCGGGGGGCCCCCCCCCAGGCGCAGGAAAGUCUGGGGUGGCUGAGCUGGGGGCCCCCGAAACAGAAAAGGGUACAGCUGAGGGGGGGCCCCCAGUACCCGUUGCGCUGGCUGAUGCUGCUGUGUCCCCGGGAGAGGGACAGCGAGAAGAACCAGCGAGGUCUGCAGCAGCAGCAGCAGCAGCAGCAGCAGCAGCAGAAUUAGUGCCAGCAGCAGCGCCAUCAGCAACAGCAACAGCAGCAGAAUUCGCAGCAGCAGCAGCAGCAGCAGCGGCAGCAGCAGCAGCAGCAGCAGCAGCAGCAAAAUACCUAGAAGGUCGACGUCUUGAGGUGUAUCUUUGGGGCUACAAAGCAGCAGCAGCAGCAGCAGCAGCGGCAGCAGCAGCAGCAGCAGCAAAAUACCUAGAAGGUCGACGUCUUGAGGUGUAUCUUUGGGGCUACAAUAACCAGCCGAAGAUGCAGGAUAAGCAGCAGCAGCAGCAGCAGCAAACUGUUGCUGCUGCGGCUGCUGUUGCUGUUGCUGCUGCUGCUGCUGGUGUGGCUGUGAGUAGGCGUGAGGUCGCUGCUGCUGCUGCUGCUGCUGCUGCAGUUGCUGCUGCUGGUGUGGAUGUGAGUAGGAAUGAGGUCGGUGCUGCUGCUGCUGCUGGUAGUGGCCGUAGUGCACCGCAGGAAUGGGAGUAG